AGAUCGCAGUCUCUCUGAAAAGCUUAAGCCCCGGGAUAUAGUACUUCAAAUCGCCCCAUGGGAGCUCGUGGGAAGAGGCUGUCGGCUUCGAGGUAAUGACGGACAGUCUCUUUCUGCGGAGUACGGAUCUGGGGCUUGAUCGGUGUAAUAAGGGGGCGGUUAGGUACGAGGAACCCCUAUCUAGUUUCCUUGACUGGUUAUUCUCAUAUGUAACGUAUAGCUUUCCCAAAUUCCUUGUUCCCCUGUCUUGUUACAAUUCCUUCCUCCUCCUUGCACCUGAUGCACCAGCUCUAAAAAUACUGACGUGGUAGAAUUACACAGCCACAGGUUGGCGAUGCGGGCGUUUUGACCAUAAGUACUGUAUAAGACCAACCAAUCAACGAAAUCUCAACGGCGGCAGCAGUAUGGCUCUUGUGCUUGU